CCAAUCUCAAAUUUGAACCCUAAUCCCAAACGCCGCGCCAUCUCAGUAGCAGCCGGAGGAGGAAAGAUGUCGCACUUCGGCAAAUCUGGCCCGCCGGACAUCAGAGACACCUACUCCCUCUUAGUCCUCAACAUCACCUUCCGUACCACCGCUGAUGAUCUGUUCCCGCUCUUCGACAAGUACGGAAAAGUCGUCGACGUCUUCAUCCCCCGCAACCGAAGGACUGGAGAAUCGAGGGGGUUUGCUUUUGUACGCUAUAAGUACCAAGAUGAAGCACAGAAGGCGGUGGAUAAGCUUGAUGGGAGAGUUGUGGAUGGAAGAGAGAUUAUGGUUCAAUUUGCCAAGUAUGGGCCCAAUGCGGAGCGAAUUCACAGGGGGAGGAUAGUGGAAAACACUUCCAAGGGAAGAGGCAGGUCAAGGAGCCGUAGUCCUCGUCCAAGGUAUCAUGAUGAAUAUAGGGAUAGGGAGUACAGGAGGAGAAGUCGCAGUGAUAGUAGGGAGAGAUAUGAUCGUGACAGGUACCGAGGCAGGGAAAGAAAUAAUCGUCAUCGAAGCAUGAGCCGUAGCAUCAGUCCUGAUCGCCACAGGGAACGUGGGAGAGACAGAUAUGAUGAAGAUGAGCGUGGUCGGGGGCGCCAGUCUAAUGGAAGUGCCUCUCCUGCUAGGCAUAGCCCUAACUCUAGGAGGAGCCAUUCUCCAAGCAGGAAACCUGAAAGGAGUGAGAGUCCUAAUGAACGCAACGGUGACAAUGAUUCUCCUAGACCAAGAAGUGUUUCACCACGCAACCGGCGUGCUGAUUCCCAAAGCAUAUCUCCUCAUAGGUCCAAUGGUGAUGAAUGACAGAGCUCAACUCCAUGUCAUUAAGGCAUUAUUGUCUGUAUGAGUUGGACUUACCUGGUUCUGCAACGCAGCAGAAAUAUCCAAGUAAUGCUUGUUAUGAGCAAAAUUUGAAUUCUAUUGUUGGCUGCAAGGAAUGUUUCUAGAGGUUAUAAGUGUAUUUGUUGAAUUUAGCUUUGGUAAAAGUGUAUUUCUUCCCUAAUCCUUUAUCAGUUGAUCUUCCGUUUUAUGCUGUCGUAUGUCACUUCAGAAACAUUAUGGAUUGUUGAUAUCAUGCUUUUGCGUCAAGCUGACAAGUAUUUAUUCUUCUGGAUCUUUGAUUUUACUCCUUUUUAGGCUUUCAAAUGAAUGAAUUUCUUUAGUUUUUUUUUUUUUUUUCGUUGACCUUCUAUGUUGUAGUUAAAAUCCUAUGAUAUGUCCCGAUGAAGGGGAAAGCAGUUGCCCCAUUUUUUUUUUAGUCUUUUCCCAAUUAAAUUUGGAGGUGUAAUGUUCUUUAUUAUUAUUAUUAUUAUUUAGUUUCUAAGGCCAUGAGAUGCAAGUGAAUUACAUGCUUAAAAUUUUGAAACAAUUUCAUGUCUUGUGAUCAUUGCAGCGGAGAAGCUGUUAGUAACAACUGGAAGAAGCACCUAAAGUACCAACAAAGCUCAACUGAGGUGUUAUUUACUUCAAAACCUUAUUAUGGAGUUUAGAACAGGAUUCCAAAGUCCAAACCCCUACCCCUUUGCUGAGAAGAAAAAGUAUACCAUCUGACUCAAACAUAAUUUUGGGAUUAAGGGGUAGAAGCCCUAUUGAUUAUGCACUAAGCUCUCUGUGAAUAAGAGAAUAUGGAAAUUAAGAUGUUAGAAUGUUCAAACAGAACUAUAAAAUAAGUGGAGCAUA